GCCAGAGAAGGACCCUCCGGCGCAUCCCCCCACCCCGCCGCCCCCGGAUGGGAGUCCUCGUCGUCUGCAGAAGAAGCCAGCCUUUCCAGAGCUGCGUGGAAGCCUCGCUGCGUCUCGCCGUCCAUUCUUCGGGCGAGGAGGCGAAAUUCAUGCUUCCCAGCCUCGGGAGAGGGGAGGAGAAAGGAAGGGGCCGCUCGCCGCCAGCUGCAGCAGCCCGCCUGGCUCCGGCUCCCCAGGCAGCCUGAGAUGCAAUCACUGGCGCCGGCGGCGUCGGCAUGGCAUCCUUCAAGGCGUUCGGGCAGGCCGGGCCGAGAGACGACGAGGAGGACGGAGGGGACUUGGACCGGUCCCUCCAGCAGAUGCUGCGGGCGAUAGUGGAGGAGAGGAACCGCGUCACCAUCCGCCACGAGAUCAGCGGGCUUGGGUGUUUCAAAGAUGACCGCAUUGUGUUCUGGACAUGGAUGUUUUCCACUUAUUUUAUGGAGAAAUGGGCCCCCCGGCAGGACGACAUGCUCUUCUAUGUCCGUAGAAAAUUAUCCUAUGUUAGUGGAGAUGAUACAGAUGGGAAGAAGCAGGUUGAAGUUGAAGUGUACCGCAGAGAUUCGAAGAAGCUCCCUGGCCUGGGAGAUCCAGAUAUUGACUGGGAGGAGAGUGUCUACCUGAACCUUAUUCUGCAAAAGCUGGAUUACAUAGUGACAUGUGCGGUGUGUACUCGUUCAGAUGGAGGGGAUAUCCACAUUCAUAAAAAGAAAUCCCAGCAAGUCUUUGCAUCUCCAAGUAAACACCCUAUGGACAGCAAAGGGGAGGAAUCAAAGAUCAGCUAUCCAAACAUAUUUUUUAUGAUUGACAACUUUGAGGAGGUGUUCAGUGACAUGACUGUAGGGGAAGGUGAGAUGGUUUGUGUGGAGCUGGUGGCCAGUGACAAAAGUAAUACCUUCCAAGGAGUUAUUUUCCAGGGAUCCAUCCGCUAUGAAGCCCUCAAGAAGGUCUAUGACAAUAGGGUAAGUGUUGCUGCAAAAAUGGCACAAAGGAUGUCCUUUGGCUUUUAUAAAUAUAAUAAUAUGGAGUUUGUGCGAAUGAAAGGGCCACAGGGAAAAGGACAUGCAGAAAUGGCAGUGAGUCGCGUUUCAACGGGUGACACUUCUCCCUAUGGUACAGAGGAAGAUUCAAACCCAGGUUCACCUCUACAUGAGAGAGUCACUUCCUUCAGCACUCCUCCAACUCCGGAACGCAACAACCGCCCUUCAUUUUUCUCCCCGUCCCUCAAGAGGAAAGUGCCCCGGAAUCGAAUCGCUGAAAUGAAGAAAUCCCAUUCUGCCAACGACAGCGAGGAGUUCUUUAGAGAUGAUGACGAUGGAGAUCUGCACAAUGCAACAAACCUACGGUCUCGGUCUUUAUCUGGAACAGGAAGAUCUCUUGUGGGCUCGUGGCUGAAGCUCAACAGAACGGAUGAAAACUUCCUACUCUAUGCACACUUAACCUAUGUCACGUUGCCAUUGCAUCGAAUCUUAACAGAUAUUCUGGAGGUGCGGCAGAAACCGAUUCUGAUGACGUAGCAGAGAACUGGGCACUGCCUUGGAAACCUUGCAGCCAAGUGCCUAAAAAAACUAACGACAGUGGUCUUCUGUCACUGCACCACCAUCUAGUGUCAGGAACUUAACAUUACACUGGAAAAAGGGAUGUCUAGGAAUUACCAGCCAGCGAAAUCAAGAAGUGCCUCUUCUUUCCUUCCUUCCUUCCUUCCUUCCGCCCUCUGCGAUAAUACUGUCUGCUCACUUAAAAAGAAAAAGACUACAUCUCCUUAUAGGUUUGACUGGCAGAAGAGUUCCAAUUAAAA